AGUUACUUGACCGAAUCUGUGCACCACUCUGUGUGAAAUUAGCUCCCUCUUUUUUCGUGCGCCAACUGUACAUCUUUCCCUCUCUCUCUCUCUCUCUCGCUCGCUCACUCUUUCUUCGCCGCCGUACCUACCGCCGUGCCAUCUAUCUCGUCGUCUCCUGCCUCCGUCUCCACCGCCGUCAUAGCAUUCCGUUAGUAAGAAUGGAUUUGCAGACAGCGAUUCCUCCAGUGAUCCCCAGUGCUCAAGUUGUUGCAAAUGCUUUCAUCGCGCAGUAUUACCAUAUUCUUCAUCACAACCCUGGCCAUGUCUAUAGAUUUUAUCAGGAUUCAAGUGUGAUGAGCCGGCCUGAUUCCGACGGUGUGAUGAGAUCGGUGACCACGAUGACAGGAAUCAAUGAGAAGAUCCUUUCCUUUGAUUACAAGGAAUAUAAGGCUGAGAUAGAAACUGCAGAUGCUCAGAACUCUUAUAAAGAUGGGGUGACUGUGUUAGUUACUGGAUGCUUAACAAGCAAGGAUAACUUGAAAAGGAAAUUCGCUCAAUCAUUUUUUCUUGCCCCACAAGAGAAUGGGUUUUUUGUAUUGAAUGAUGUCUUUAGGUAUGUAGAAGAUGGAGAACUGUUGAAAAACCAUUCAGUUAAUAAUGAUGCCACAACAGUCCACUUGAACCAAGAACCAGAACCAACUCAUGUUCUGGAUCCUCCCUCACCGGAUCUGGAAACUACUCAAGUUGAAGAGGAUCAAUUUGUUAUUGAGAAAGCUUUUGACACAUCGGACCAGGAUAGACAAUCAGCUAAUGAGAAAGAAUCUGAUACCGAACGCCCAUCUUAUUCAAAUGGGAAUGAUGUCCAUGUUGCAGUUGAAUCAACUUCUACUACAGCCCAAGAAGAUGGCCCAAAGAAGUCUUAUGCAUCAAUUGUAAAAGUAGCCAAAGGAAGUCCAGGACCAAAUAAAGUUUAUGUGCCCACUAACACCGUAAAAGUUGCUCCUAAGAAAACAGAGAAUUCUUUGCCUGUGCCAGCUGCAUCUGCUUCUGUGCCUGAAGCAUCAGCUCCAACUAGCACCAGUACCCUCGAGGGCAGUGAGACUAAUGAGGAAGUUGAGGGCUAUUCUAUAUACAUACGUAAUUUGCCCUUGAGUGUGACGGCUGAUCAGCUUGAGGUUGAAUUCAAGAAAUUUGGACCAAUAAAGGAAGGAGGCAUCCAAGUCCGAAAUAAGAAGCUUCAGGGAUACUGUUUUGGAUUUGUUGAAUUUCUGUCUCUAAGUUCCAUGAAUAGUGCCAUUCAGGCUUCACCAAUCACUGUUGGGGGCCGUCAAGCUAUCAUCGAGAUAAAGAGAACUAACACACGUAUUGGUAGCAGUGGAAGUGGUUCAUUCACUUCUGGAAGGGGAGGGUUUCGGGGUGACAGCUUUAGGGGCCAUGGUAGUUAUGGUGGUGGCCGGAGCUUUGUUAGAAGUGAGUAUGUGAACAGGGCUGAAUUCUCAGGUCGAGGCAGGGGUCGAGCUGGGCGUGGCGGAGAAGGUUAUCGACCAGGGAGAGGAGACGGUCAUCAACAAGGUAGAGGAGAGGGUUAUCAACAAGGGAGAGGAGACGGUUAUCACCAAGGUAGAGGAGACGGUUAUCAGCAAGGGAGAGGAGACGGUCAUCAACAAGGUAGAGGAGAGGGUUAUCAACAAGGGAGAGGAGACGGUUAUCACCAAGGUAGAGGAGACGGUUAUCAGCAAGGGAGAGGAGACGGUUAUCAACAUGGGAGAGGAGAAGUUUAUCAACAAAGGAGAGGAGACGGUUAUCAUCAAGGGAGAGGAGACGGUUAUCAGCAAGGGAGAGGAAGAGGUGGCCGUCCAAGUGGACCAAAGCAUAACGCGGUUUCAGCAUGAAGUAUUUUGAGGAAACUAGGCUGAAAGUACUUUUGACGUAAUUGCUUUCAUGAUUAGUGCACUUGGAAGUAUUGACAGUAUGGAUCUAAAUUGGAGUAACAGUUAGAGGAGGAGGCAUUUGCUUUAGGUUAGGUUUUGUUCUACCUAGCGGAAUUUUGUCUCAGUUGGGUAUGAUGUAACUUGUUCAUUCAGAAAGUUCAGGUCGCCCGCCAGUUUUACAUGAAACUUUCGAGCUUACUCUCAUUGCAUAGUUUUGGUGUUUAGUAGCCGGUAGUUGAAAGAUCCUAACAGUUAAUAGAUUGGUUUGUUUUGGGUAUACUGGAUUCUAUUGAUUGUUUGGUUUGCAACUUUACAUAUUGUUCUUUUUCA